GCGGCUCAGCCCCCGAUCGCCGGCGACGUCAAGUCACCCGCGGAGGGCAGAGGGCACCGCGUGGCCGGCCCAGGCGCGGGGGGAGGGCAGGCACACGCCGCCGAUUGGAUUCCGCCCCCCCCCCCGCCCGCGGCAGCCCACUGCCCCCACGGCCCGGACGUCGGAGAGGGCGGGUUUGCUGCCCGGGCGGCGCAGGAGCGAGGAGCCAGGGAGAGCUUCCAGCUUCGGGGCCGGAGCCCUGCUCCCCUUGCAAGCGCCUGGCUCCGCGCUGAGUCAGGAUGCUGGGACUCACAGCCUCAGACGCGCCCCCGACCAUGGCGGUCACGAUCCUCUCGGCUGGAGUGGCGGCCGGCGUGGCGGAUGUGAUCACCUUCCCGCUGGACACGGCCAAAGUCCGGCUACAGAUCCAAUGCGAAUGCCAGACCUCCAGUGCUGUUAGGUAUAAAAGUGUCCUGGGAACCAUCACCACUCUGGCAAAAACAAGAGGGCCAAUGAAACUCUACAGUGGGCUGCCAGCUGGCUUCCAGAGACAAAUAAGCUCUGCCUCUCUUAGGAUCAGCCUCUAUGAAAGCAUCCAGGAGUUCUUCACCACAGGGAAAGAAAGAAGCAGGGUCUCAGCGGGCCUAACGAAUGGCAGCGUGGCCAUGUUCAUUGGGCAACCCACAGAGGUAGUGAAGGUCAGACUUCAAGCGCCAAGUGGUCUACAUGGUCCCAAACCUCGCUACACUGGGGCUUACAAUGCUUACAGAAUUAUAGCAACAACAGAAGGCUUGACGGGGCUUUGGAAAGGUUCUACUCCGAAUCUGACAAGAAUUGUCAUCAUCAGCUGUACAGAGCUAGUAACUACGUAUGACCUAAUGAAGGAGGCCCUUGUGAAAAACAAUUACAUUUCAGAUGAUGUGCCCUGUCACUUUGUGUCCGCUGUUAUCACUGGAUUUUGCACAAGUCUGUCCUCUCUAGUGGAUGUGGUGAAAACCAGAUUUGUUAACUGUCUACCAGGACAGUACACAAGUGUGUCCGACUGCGCAAUGUUGGCUAAGGAAGGACCAUCGGCUUUUUUCAAAGGAUUUGUACCUUCCUUCUUGUGACUGGGAUCCUGGAACAUCAUCGUUGUGUGCUUUGAACAGCUGCAGCGAGAAUUGAUGAAGUCGAGGCAGACCAUGCACUGUGCUACCUAAUCAUCUUCAGGGAAAGGAUGGAACAGACCAGUGGGAAUCUUUGCUAACUGGAUAAUUUUAAAAAAGCAAACAAACCUAUUCACUUUAUUUCACACUAAAAAGAUAAGAAACUCCGGACUAUUUUUUUCAAAGGAAAACUAAUACCUAUUUCUUGUGACUUUUAUUCUCAGUGUUUUAAGGAAGGGAAAGCAAAACAUUCAGUAUACACCCUGGCAAAUGUAAUGUCCAGAUAAGUUACUACAUUUGAUUGACCAUUUAAUGGGAGAGGGAGUUGUUUAUGAUUGAGUAUGAAGAUCUUUAACAGGUUUUAAUUAUUAAUUCAAACUGAUGGAAAACUGAGUGAAAUGCACUUUAUAAAUACUUAAAAAUGA